UUAAAAAGUGAUUUCAACAUUUUUGCCCAUUGCUGUGAUUGCUGACUGGUAUAUUAUAGUGAUCUGUGGAUUGCUGUAGCGCAUUGUGAUUAUGUGUUUUGAUAUAUUCGGCUAAGGUACCCUUUAGCGUGACACAAUGUUUUUAUUUUGAGGUCAUUACAGUGCACACGAAUCACGAUUCGAGGCGAUGCGCGACCGAGCGAUACACGAACGUCACCCGAAACGGAAACAAGAAGGGCGAUGUUGAACAUAGAACUAGACACAGACAGCUGUCGUUUCAUUUUCAGCUGAUUUUUGUGUACGCUUCGAAUAGCAAUACCGAUCCGUGCGUCCCGUGCAACGUUUGACCUUAACUUUACCUUAGUAGGAUUCGGUGCAGACAAAGGGUUUCGAUCGCGGGAACAAUCGAGAAAAGCGGAGGUGCGAACAAAGGGAGAUGGUGCAUUGAGUGGAGCGAUUCGGGCGCAGAGGCAGCGUGACGUCACGCCGCGACUCGGCCGAUGCGGCGCUCGUCGUGACGGGAGGCGCGCGAGCUCGCGCAGCGGAGCGGGGCAGCCUGGCCUCCAGUGACAGCGGGGACGAGGGCCCCCGGCCGCCGCGUAAGCGGAGCCGCCGCCUGUCGCCCGCCAUGCAGGCGCCGUGCGCCAACGGCGCGCAUGUGAACGGCGAGGCGCGCAACGGCGACGCGCCCGCGCGCCUGCUGGGCCAGACCGACCAGGAGAUCGUGCGCCUCAUCGGCCAGCACUUGCUCUCCGUGGGACUCGAGCGCAGUGCGUCGCUGCUGAUGGAGGAGUCGGGGCUGCACCUGGAGCACCCGGCGGCCGCCACGUUCCGCACGCACGUGCUGGCCGGCGACUGGGUGAAGGCGGACCACGACCUGCGCGCGCUGCACGACCUGCUGCGCGACGAGCCGCUCGUCGAGCCGCACAACCUCGCCGAGAUGAAGUUCGUGGUGCUGGAGCAGAAGUACCUGGAGCACCUGGAGGCGGGGCGCGUGCUGGACGCGCUGCACGUGCUGCGCAACGAGCUGACGCCGCUGCAGCACGACACGCCGCGCGUGCACCGCCUGUCCGCGCUCAUGAUGUGCGCGGACGCUGCGGAGCUGCGAGCGCGCGCGCACUGGCCGGGCGGCGCGCCCGCGCGCGCCAACGUGCUGGCGAGAGUGCAGGCGGUGCUGCCCCCCGCCUUGAUGAUGGCCCCGGGGCGGCUGCGAGCGCUGCUGGCGCAAGCGGCGGCGCAGCAGGCUGCGAGGUGCCGCUUCCACGCCGCGCCGCCCGCCACCGACGACCACAUCCCCUUCUCGCUGCUGGCCGACCACCACUGCUCCCCCGACCACUUCCCCAUACACUCACUGCAGGUUCUAAACGAGCACUGUGACGAAGUGUGGUUCUGCAAGUGGUCUCCGGAUGGCUCCAAGCUGGCGUCCGGCUCCAAAGACAACACCGUCAUGAUAUGGGACUUCGACCCCGUCGCCAAGCGACUGUCCUUCAGAAAGUCCCUGGACGGUCAUUCGUACGGCGUAUCGUACUUGUCGUGGAGCCCCGACGGCCGCUACCUCAUAGCCGCGGGGCCCGAAGACUGCCCCGACCUCUGGAUAUGGAACAUGGAGACGGAGCAGCUGCACCUCAAGAUGACGCACUCGCAGGAGGACUCCCUGACGGCGGUGGCGUGGCACGCGUCCUCGGACAAGUUCGUAUGCGGCGGCGCGCGCGGACAGUUCUACCACUGCGCGCUCGAUGGCACGCUCAUCAACAACUGGGACGGCGUGCGCGUCAACGCGCUGGCGUGUCGCGCCGACGGCAAGGCGCUGGCGGCCGACACUCACCAUCGCGUGCGCGCGUACGACUUCUCUGACCUUACUGACCGAAACCUAAUACAAGAGGAGCACGCGGUGAUGGCGAUGACGCUGAACGCGGCGGACACGCUGCUGCUGCUCAACGUGGCCAACCAGGGCGUGCACCUGUGGGAUAUACGUGCCCGCACUCUGGUGCGUCGCUUCCGCGGCCUCUCGCAGGGCCACUUCACGAUCCACGCGUGCUUCGGCGGCGCGCACCAGGACUUCAUCGCGUCCGGCAGCGAGGACAACAAGGUGUACAUCUGGCACAUCGGCGGCGAGGAGCCCAUCGCGGUGGUGUCGGGGCACACGCGCUGCGUCAACGCCGUGGCGUGGAACCCCGCGCACCACGACGUGCUGGUGUCCGCCUCCGACGACUACUCGCUGCGCCUGUGGGGCCCGCGCACGCACCACUCCUAGUGCCCGCCGUGAGACACUACCGCUUAGCUCUACCCGCUACCCCGCUCUACCCGCUACCCCACCGUGUAUACCCAGCUAUAUCACGAGUGAAUCAAUCAACGUACACUUGUACCCCACACAAACAGACCAAUCUAAAUACACUACUACUUUUUAAUAACCAUAUUUUUAAGGGCGAAGACAGGAAAAGAACAGCAGUCAAAAUGAUAAAUUCAAAUUCAAAAUAUUUUUAUUCAAUUAGACUUUUACAAGUACUUUUAAAUCGUCAGGAGUAUCUACCAAAUAGUACAGUCGUCGCGGGUAUUUUGUAAACGUUCAACAUUGUGAUCAAUGGAAAUAAUGGCAUGAAAAUUAUAAAAACCAAUGACCUGCUAAAAUUAAUUUUAAAAUGAGAUAAAUGUCUAACCAAUGUGUUUUCUUGAAUUUAUUUAUCUAUUGUUUUCUCACAAAUAAGAAAAAGUACUAUACAAGCCGAAAUAUCAAUUAACCAACCUCGUUUAGUUCAAAAAAACUCUGCUGGCGACUCGUCAUUUUAAAAUUACUACGGCUAACUAUCAGCUCACCUCAAAAGAUACGGAACCCUGCAAA